UUCGCGAUGCGUCCACUCCUCCUUAAACUGUCAUCACUUUUGAGAUAUGCAGGAAAAGAGACAAGAAAAAAAUUCUGCACGAAAAUCGUGGAACCAGCUUUAUUCACUGAGGUAUCAGAAGCUGUGGAAGAUACGGAAAAUAAAGUGACAGUCGUUGGAGCUGGUAAACUUGGUGUUGCUUGUGCGUUCGCCCUUCUCACUCAAGGAGUCUCACACAGUGUUGUCUUAGUGGAUAAGAACGAAGGUCUGUUGAAGGGUGAGACCUUAGACAUGCGACAUGGGUCUCUCUUCUUGAAAACUGGCAAAAUACAAUCGUCGACGACCUUCAAGAAAUCUGCGAACUCCAGAAUAACCAUCGUGACAGCAGGUUUCCGUAGGCAAUCCUCGAGUGAAACAAGGUUCAGCUUAGUCCAGAAAAAUGUUGAAAUUUUCAAGGAGAUCAUACCAGAAGUGGUGAAAUAUUCGCCAAAUACAAUCAUGAUGAUUGUCACAAAUCCUGUUGAUAUAAUGGCAUGGGUGGCGUGGAAAUUGAGCAGAUUACCUUUGAGUAGAGUUAUUGGUAGUGGUACCAACAUAGAUAGCGUGAGGCUGCGCAUACUAAUUUCUGAAAGAUUCGGUAUACCAGCCUACAACUGUCGAGCUUAUGUUAUUGGUGAACACGAGAAGAAUCUCAUACCUAUUUGGUCCACGGCUAACGUGGAAGGUGUAAAGUUGCGUGAACUGAACCCCAGAGCUGCUAAAGAAGGAGAUCCUGAAGAUUGGAAAAAGGUGCAGCAAAUUGUAGUGGACAGUCCACAGGAAAUAUUGAAGUUGAAAGGAUCAGUUAGUUGGGCACCAGCUCUGGGUGUGGUAGAGUUAGUAGACAACAUUAUACGCAAUACGAAUAGCAUCAGGACAGUUUCAACUAACGUCAAAGGGUACCAUGGGGUUAAUUUUGAGGUUUUUCUCUCGUUGCCUUGCGUUUUGAACGCGAAUGGUAUACACAAAAUAGUGAAGCAACCCUUUGAGAAGGAUGAGAGUGAAAAGUUCUUAAGUACUGCUAAAAUUCAUAGGACAUAUAUGGACAGCAUAGAUCUGAGUAAAUAAUAGUAGAAGAUAUGAGUGUUUGCUUCAUAUUUUCUGCUAUUAA